CAAAAUGUUUUAUUCGUUUUAAAUUCAGGGCAACUGUUUGACAGGAAAGGGGCGUCUUUCAGAGGCACCUUCAGUUGUACUUCUUCAUCCUAUCCAGCUGUGGCGCUAUAGGCGUUUUGUCUGUGUUUGAAGCGCCAUACGCCAUCUGCCGCAGUCAGUUAGCUGUAGCUGGGAUGGAAAAUGGAGGCUUGACCGAAGAUAUAUCGAGGACACAUAGUUCAAUAUUCUCGUAUUUAGGUUCCCAACUUUAUUGAAGCUUGUCGGAUACUACUAUACCACUGCUCCCAAGCUCUGUGACGAUUGGUGUUGCAGAGUGAAAGAACCAAAACAGAAAAUGUGGGCUUAGAAGUGCAAGAGCUGUUCACUUUGCCAUCAAAGUACACUUUAGAUGCAAAGAAAACAUAGAUGUCCUAUCUGUUGACUGUUGCCUGAACAAAUUAUUACAAUGGAUACGUCGGACACCUCUGAUAAUCGCCCAGUAAGGCGUAGUGGUAGACAGCCGAAGCGCACAGACAAGUUAGAGGAGUUUCUUUCCACCGCCAAAAGAGCAUUAAGAAAAAGCGCCCCACCGAGUCUAGAGAGUGACCCUCCAUCUCAAACGCCAACUGAUGCAGAGACAGCGUCUGAGGCGAGUUUUGAUGGGAGCACCGAAACCAAAGGGCUGGAGGAAAGGGCGGACUCACCGAAGAGAAGGACAAGAAGCAGUGCACGGCAGACCACUCAAACACAGUCUGUUGGUAGACAGACGAGAAGUAAGAUACAGAUUAAAGAUGAUGCAAGCUCUGACAGUGAGGUCACCAAUGCUCAGCAGAAGACUGACGAGAAAGAUGAGGAGAAAUGUGAAAAGAGUAAUGAAGAGAUGGACAAUGACUCUAAAAUCACAGACAAAGGGGAUGAGAAGGAACAAAACGACAAAGCUUCGUCAGACUCCAAAGACGUUGAACAGGCCACAGAAGGAACACCUGCAUCGUCAGCUAAACGUGGACCAAUCAGGACUUAUAUUAAUAAGAAAAGGGCUGCCAACCAGGACUCCUCUUCCAACAAGACCAAACCUGUUGCAGCCAAAGAAAAGGUUAAAUCUUCCCAGGCCGGUCAAUCAGGUAGGCAAGGAGAGGAUAUUUAUGAUGACGAUGAAGAGGAAGACGAGGAGGACGAUGACGACGAUGAGUCAACGACAUCUUCCUCUGACGAAUCUGACGGUGGUGGUUACGACCCCAAUGCACUGUAUUGCAUCUGUCGUCAGAAGCACAAUAAAAGAUUUAUGAUCUGCUGCGAUCGCUGUGAGGAGUGGUUCCAUGGAGACUGCGUUGGCAUCACAGAGGCUCGCGGGCGACUGAUGGAGAGAAAUGGCGAAGAUUAUGUCUGCCCCAAUUGCACCCUCAAAAGGAGCCAUUUGGUCAAACCGGCGACGUCCAAUUUGUCCUUGAACACAGAUGUCGGGAAGAGCGACGCGACAGUGCCUUCAACAGUUCCUGCUGUUUCAGCUGGAGCACCUGAAGCGGCUCUCGUUGCAAGUCCUGCAGCUUCGUCAGCCGCACUUGCCGGAACGGAAGACAAGACAGCUGACGACCAGGGUAUAAAAGGCAGAAUAGAAAAGGCCAUUAAUCCUACUGGGAAAAAGAGGAUUAAGAUUUUUCAGCCGUCCUUACCGACGGCCGCACCAAAAACAGAUCAGACGAUGGCAGCAAAGAUUGUGAAGACCUUGACCUCGAUGGUUGCCAAGACAGCGGCACCAGCUGCUGCCAAAACCAUUCAGCAGCCGACGACUUCAGCAGACGGGCAGACAGCGGCUCCAAUGUCAACUGUGGUAGCUUCGGGUGCUGCAAAACCCACAGUGAAGGUUGUGGUUCCAGUUGCUGCAAAGACAACGGGUCAGACUGCUGCUCCACAGGCUGCGAACGUCCAAGUGCAGACUCCAGUUGCCGCAAAUUCUUCAGUGCCGACCACGCCUUCAGCAGCUGCAACUCAAGCUGUCCUCGUAGUAGUGCCGACAACAUCAGAAACGGUAUCUUCGGCUGCCGUGAGCACAGCUGAUGAGAUGGUAGAAACAAACGUUGAAGUAAACACAACGUCAACGGUUGAGGAGAAGCCGACUGAAGAUGCAUCACUUCCCAAAUGUAUUGGUCCUGGCUGUGAGAAUGUUGCCCAGCCUGACUCUGUGUACUGUGGAAAUGAUUGUAUCCUGAAACACGCCGCUGCCACCAUGAAGACCAUCACAGUUGAGCCGCAGCCGAAGGAUGGAUCUCAGAAAUCAAAAUCUACUCCCAAGGGUGGUCCCGCUGCUGGCAAGAGGAGGACGAGAGGGAGCCGAAGAGACCUGGACAGCGACGAAGAUUAUCAGCCUGACCUGGAUGAGGAUGAUGAAGAUGAGCACGCCGAGGAACGUCCCCCGCCUCCAUCCACUGCUUCCUGGUCCAGCGACCAUAAUUACAUUGCAGUAACACCAGAAAAGACUACACCCAUAUCAGCAACAGUGUUAAACAAAAAGUCCCCUCUCAAAGAAGAGAAGCAGCGUGAGAAAGAGCCGACGACAGAUCGCGAGAAGUCUCCAGUGCCCCGUAGCCCCAAAAAGAAAGACAAAAAGUCGGUGCCUGCAAAAGAGCCCACCAAGGUUUCACCGAGGAGCAAGAGGGCCCUCGCCAGAUCCACCAGCUCGAAAGCCUCAAGGAACUCAGCAGCACCUCCGAGCAAAUCCUCAGCCAAGACGAAGAAACCUGCAACACCACCUGCAAAAACCCCAUCUCCUUACCCAUCUGGGCCUAUCCAUGUCACUGGUGCCCUGAGGGUCACCAAGUCAAACUUCACAAUCCCAAAGAAGCAGCAGCCCCAACAGAAGGACUCUCUGUCAAAAUCCAGCUCUUCACCCAAAGUCUCAUCAUCCGCGCCCUCUGCUGCCUCCUCCCAUAGUUCCUCCAAACCAAAACAUUCGGCUUCUUCAGGCCCGGCGCCGCGGUCCCAUGUGCCGCCUGCGAACCAUCAGAUGAGACAGAACAUUCGCCGCUCGCUAACUGACAUUCUCUUUAAGAGGGUGAGUGACAGCGACGAUCUGAAAAUGACUGAGAGCGAGGUGGCGCGACUUUGUGUUGUAAUUGAGAAAGAGAUGUAUCGCAUUUGCCUCAACACAGACAACAAGUACAAGAACAAAUACAGGACCCUCAUGUUCAACCUAAAGGACCCCAAGAACAAGGGCUUGUUCUACAAGGUGAUUGGUGGUGAAAUCUCCCCAUUCAGACUCGUGAGACUCAGCUCGGAAGAGUUACAAUCAAAGGAGAUAGCAGAGUGGAAGAAGCCAAUUGCUCCAGAAUCUGCUAGCUCUAGGAGCCAUUCUAAACAAGGCAAUGGCCAUGACUUGCAGAGGCUGGAUACAGAUGAAGCACCUUCCUCGUAUGAUGUCAAUGAGCAUGACGAGUUUGGCACGUCUUCAGUCGCGCCUCGGCAGCCUGCUGGCGAAGGAGCGUCUAACAUGGUUGAUAUCCUGCUGAAAGACACAACCUCUGAACACAGGACUCAUCUCUUCGACCUCAACUGUAAAAUAUGCACAGGUCAGAAGAAUGAAGAUGAGCCUGCAUCAAAGAGAGCUAGGCUGGCAAAGAAACCCGAGAGCAGGCAUGAGCAGCAUUCGUCCAUAAUGGAGAGCGUUCCGUCUGAGAUCCAACCUCCGAUCUCCACUGCCUUCCCGUCUGCUCACCCUCCUGGGCAGCGACUGAUGGUUCCUGACUUGCAGCCUACGCCGAGCCAGGAGGACCUCAGCUUUCAGGCACCCCUGGUCAAUAUUCCUCCUCCCAUCCUUCCCACCGUCUCCUCUGUGAGCAUCACCCGCAGAGACCCUCGUGUGGCCAGACACGUUCCCAAUGUCACCAGUGCAGUCCCGGAAAAGGCUCAGCUCUCCGCUGAGCCAGCCUUGGUUCCUGUUGGUGCUCCUGUGGAAGUUGGGACAAAGACGCUACUGCCAAUGCCUACAUUCACAUUACCAGCCCUCACUGUGCCUAAACCUGUCAAGACCAAUAUAUCUGAGCCGCCUCCUGAGGGUGAAACAGCAAUAUUUCUUCAUGGCCAAGAGAAGAUAUGGAAAGGUUUCGUUCACAUGCAGAAAGUGGCCAAGUUCAUGACGAAUGCCUACCUAGUCUCAGGAUCUUUUGAGCAUUUCAAAGAGGAUUUGCCUGAUACCAUUCAUGUUGAAGGACGCAUACCUCCAAGUACUGUGUGGGACUACGUUGGAAAACUGAAAACUUCAUUGUCAAAGGAGCUGUGUCUGAUCCGUUUCCAGCCGACUUCAGAGGAGGAGGAGGUGGCAUAUGUUUCUCUCUUCUCAUACUUUAGCAGCAGGAAGCGUUUUGGUGUUGUAGCCAACAGCAACCGUCGGAUUAAAGACCUGUACCUGAUCCCACUGAGCUCAAAGGACCCAUUACCUGCCAAACUUUUACCCUUUGAUGGGCCAGGUCUAGAACCAGCACGUCCCAACCUCCUGCUUGGCCUCCUAAUCUGCCAGAAGGACAGAAAGCGUGCUGGCUCUCAACUAGAAAGUGAAGAGAAAAGAUCCAAGACUCAAACCAAAGAAGCAGAUGACCUCUCAAAACCACAGAUCUCAGUCAAAGAUGGACAGAGCCCCAGACAAAGUGCGGAUGUUUCCUUCAGCACAACACCUCCGGGAUCUCCUCCACGCACUAGUUCUGAAGCCUCUGUUAGCGCUAAACCUUCUUCCUCAGUUGCGUCCUUGCUCUCCUCCAUCACAGCACCAUCAACAGUUAAAGAACCUCCGUCCUCCACUGGCCCUACAGGGACCUCGGCUGCAGUCGCUAAUCCACUUCAGACCAUCCUGAAUUCUCUUUUCCGAAAGAAAAAGCAGGACUCUGACGCAUCAAACUCUCCCUCUGACCAAACAGGGGAUCUUUCUGUGCAGCCUGCGACCUUACUUGACCCCAUUGUGAAACAGUUUGCUGAGAGCUCUGGAAACACAAAGGUAGAGGAGGAUGAAGAUGACAGACCGUAUGACCCGGAAGAAGAAUAUUGCCCGAGUGAGAACUAUAGUAUGGCCAUUAACCCUGCCGAGGUCACCAGCAAACCUGUGAUGUCUAAACCUUCUGAAGUUGCUCCAGACGAAGAGGAUGAUGUUGCAUAUGACCCGGAGGAUGACUCCAUAUUUGAUGAGGUCAAAUCCGAAAUACCUGCUCCAACCAUUGUAAGUGAUUGUGCCAGCAAUCCGCAGAAAAUCUUGGAAAAUCUGAAACAGAUUGGUGAGAAGAUGUUGGAGAGGGAAGGGAAAAUGCCAGUGUCUUCAUCAAUGGUGGACUCGUCUCUGACAACAAAUCCACUGUUAGUUGGCAGCAACUUGCUGCAGCUUGGCAAAAAAGUGGAAGAACUGGUGAAAACCUCUUCAGUUGCACCUGUGAUUAACCAAAAGAGAGAUCCUCGACAGACUAGGGAUCCCCGGCAGAGCUCAGUGAGCAGGGUACUGUCAGAUGACUCGGAAGACAAGGGAGACGAAUCCCCUGUGGCGGAUGAUUGUGCCCUGCCUGCGGACCAGACGCCUCAUGGUGUAGAGCUGCCAGAAUCAUCGGUCAGCCCAGAGAAGUCUCCACCGCAGGAUGAGCAGAAAAGCGAGACCCCGCCCUUAAUGGAUUCAGACACUGGAGAAGUAUCAAUUCCUUUGUUGGGAGAAAAAGUGGACCCUGAUGUGGAGGUCCACUUCAUAAACACGGACGACACGAGUACUGAGCUAGAUAAACCCAUAGAGAGUGAAUUGGAGACAAACAAGUUCAGUGUUUGGCCAAAUGCUGCAAGUAUCCUGAAACACAACUUGGACUCUGAUGAUAGCCAAGACACGCCUUUCUCAAAUUAUCAUGGCGAGCCUUCAAGUAUCUCCACAGUAAAUUCUUCAAUCCCAGUUCUCACACAUUCUGCAAUGGGUGACACACACAGAAGGUCUGAAUCAGGCUUUGAGAGUGAGUAUUCACACCGCGCUGAGACGCACCCGCAGCUGAACUACGCUCCUCCACGUCCGGCCCAGGGAGGGCAUGUCGGACCUCCACCAAUGUCUAUUCCUCCUCCGAUGCAAGGCAUGCCUUCGAUAGCUGCCUUACCUCCCAUGCAGAGACCUUCUCUUCCCCUGCAUGGUCAUCUUCCUGUACAGGUUCCACCACCCACUCAUGGACCUCCUCCAAUGCAUGGCCCGCCACAUGUGCAAGGAAUGCCGUUACAUCCAGACAAUAACCAACAAUAUGGGCCACGGCCAACUGCCUUUCCACCUUAUCAAAAUCAGUGGCCUGGAAGUCAACAGCAGCAACCACUACCGCAGCAGCAGCAGCCACUUCCUGGACCCCCACCUCAAGGUCUUCCAAGAGGAGUGCCGCCACCACCAUUCCAUCUUAUGAACCAAAGGGCACCACCUCCACAGAUGUUUGAUACUUCUGCUCCCCCAAUUCAUAUGAGACAACAAGACCCCCCUCCAGGUCGAUUUGAUGGUCCAAAUAGUUUCCUGCCACCAGGUUUUGCUGGCCCACCUCCACCUUUUUCUUUCCCUGAAAACAGGGGUCCUCCACCUGCGUUUACGCGGGCCCCACUUGGGCGCUUUGAUUUGAACCCUCCAACACAUUUCUCCAGGCUCAGUGGUCCACCACCGGCUCCAUACAAUGACCAGGUGUCUCAGCCUUCAUUUGCGUCCCAGCUUUCAGAUCACACUCGCAGACCUUUAGAGCACUAUAACAAAGAUAUCAAUUCUUUAAACGUGAGUAUGGAUGAUCAUCGCAACCAAUUCCCUCUUGAUGACAAGGGCCCACCAUUGGGUUCUGUCUUCCGUAGACCUCCUCUUAACCACUUUGAGAAUGCUGGACAAGGCCCUUCACCCCUUUAUCGAGAAAGUUUCGAUGAGCAUGGGAACCGUUUGUCUCAGGACGGCAGAGUACAGUCACCUCAGCCGUUCGGUGGCUCGGAACGUUAUCGGUUCGACAAGUACUCAGACGAGGCGAGACCAAUGCAUCAUAGUGGAGCUUUGCUUCCCACCCCUGGAGAAGCGUCUUUAGGACUCCCGAGUCACAUGCGGGUUCCCAGUCCUGAGCGUUACAGGGGUGAUCCAUGGCGUGACUCACCUGAAUUGAGGCGGCGGACCAGCACCGCCUUUGAUGACCCUGAACCUCGAACCCAAGAUCGGGUUAGUCGCUUUGACGGAGGAAACAAAAUGCUACCUGGUCCCUCCGAGGAAAGACAGAGAGACGUCCCGGAGGAUCGCCGAAGGGACAGAGAGUUUUCUUCUGCUGGCCGUCGUUCUUGGGACCGUGGUGAAAGCUUGCGGUGGAGUCGAGAGAGGGACCGUGGUCGAGAUCGCAGCAGAGAGCGGGAAGGUGAAAGGCGUGGAAGCGAUAGGCGCGAGGGGGACAGACGAGAAAACGACAAGCGUGAGGGGGACAGACGAGAAACCGAUCGCCGUGACGGGGACCGACGAGAAAGCGAUCGACGUGACGGGGACAAACGAGAAAAUGAUCGGCGUGAGGGGCCACGACGGGAAGCCGACAAGCGAGAAAAUGAUCGUCGCGAGAGUGAACGGCGGGAAGGAGACAAAAAAGAUGGCGAGGGGGAGAAACGUGACAAUGAAAAGCGUGAUGACAAAAAAGAGAGUGAACGGAGGGAUAGUGAUAAAAGGGAGGGUGAAAGAAGAGGGACUGAACGGAAGGAGAGUGAUCGACGUGAGAGUGAAAGGCGGGAGAGUGAGAGAAAGGAAGGCGAACGAAAGGAGAGUGAGAGACAAGAGGGGGAGAGUGAGCGCAAAGAGAGUGAGAGGCGUGUGAGUGAGAGACGUGAGAGUGAGAGGAGGGAAAGCGAGCGGAAGGAGAGUGAGAGGCGGAGGGGUGAUAGAAACCGUUCAACAGACACAGACCGACACAGGGACGAAGACUCUGACAGGAGGCGAGACAGAGACAAGGAAAGGGACCGAGGCAGGGACCGAGAUUCUGACAAGAGAGACAGUGAUCGCGACCGAACGCGGAAUCGCGAUAGAGAGCGAGACCGCAGACGCAAUAGGUCUCGAAGCAGAGACGGCGACAGGGAUCGUGCGAAGGACAGAGGUCGCGACCGAGAUGGAGAUAGAGGCAAAGACAAGGAGAGAGACAAAGACAAGAGCAGAGAUAAAGACAGGGAACAUCGAGAGAGAAGCCGAAGUAGGGAAAAGAGAGAGGAGAAGAGAGACAGCAAAAAUGAGAAAAACGGUAGUAAAACCUCAGAAAAAGAGAAAGACAAAGUGACGUCAUAGUUUCUGGUUCCAAAACACUAAUUAGUUUGAAGCAGUCAUUUUAAUUCUCCUGUGGUGAAUAAUGCUCAGCAGUGUUUCAUUUAAAGAAUAUUGUCAUUUUGUAUUUCUUUAUUUCUACAUCCUUUUUUUUUAAAAAAAAAAAAGAAAAAUGACACUUCGAAAAUGUUUCACCUGUAUAAUUUUAAAACAGUACAUCACUGAUUAACCCAGGUUUUGCAGUAUGUAAAUAUAAAUGUAUUUUUGUAAAUACCGAUGUUUUUAAUUCAUGCUUUUCUAAGUAGACACAAAGCCAUAUGGGUGGUUCUGUCAAUGAGCAGGCAAGUCUGCAUUGGACCGAUGUUUGUGGCGUAUGUCGAGACAAACUUUGUCAAACCUGUUUAUCGGAAACAUACUCCACUGUUCACUCAUCAGUGGCGCCGUUCCAACAUGGCUGAUUAAACAUGUUUAUAGACUUA